AUGGAAGUCAACAAUAAUUCAUGGAGAAAACUGAAGAAAUUGUGGCAAUCGAAACAGAAGAAAAGACGGCGGCGUGCUAAGCCGCGAGCUAUCGACCCAGCUGAAGUGGAAAAAGCAAGGAAGGAAAUGAUGGACAGGAUCAAUGAAACUGUGUCUUUCAUUAGUGAGCUGUUUCAACUUCUUAAAAUUGAUUUCGAAUUCCUCUUUCAGAUCAAAGAAGCACAGGAAUACGAACUUAUCAUUGAAACGUAUGGCCCUGGGAGUGGAUUUGAAGAAAAUGAUAACCGACUGAAAGAAAAUGAUGCAAAAGAAAGGGAUUCGAAAGUAGAAUCUUCUUGGACGGAGGUUGUCGAAGACAGUUCUGUUGAACGGGAAAUUGAAGUGGAUUGGGAUUUUCUUGAACUUUUCAAGCCAGUCACAUUCGUAUGUUUUUAUUUCCGCUUUCUUCGUAAGUUUCCUCUAAUGUGCUUUGAUCUCACGCUUGUCAUAUCGCAUUUCGAAUGGAUCGGUCUAAUGAGCGGCCCACGCAGUACACUAGGGAUUGUACAAAUGCUUUCGAUAUAG